CUAAUAUUUUAACUCAUGGAAAUUUGGAUAAUCCUGGCAAUUUUAUUUACGAUCUUAGUAGCCUUCCUACUCACACUAUAUAUCCUUUACAAGCUGAAGACUAAGUCUCAGGGAAAAGAGCCAGCAGCCUAUGACCAGAAGAUCGUGAGGGACUACAGCGUACAGUGGGAAAUAGACCAGAGAGAUCAGAAGAGAAUGCAACAGAGACCUGGAGGAAAACAGACUGGGUCACUAGGGCUUAGAAAUAAGCAACUUGACUGUUUUAUGAAUGCAACCCUUCAGUGCUUCCUUGGGAUGGAUGAAUUUUGUGAAGGUGUCUUAAAGGAGGUGAUAAAUAAUGACUGUAGUGAUGAUGAAGCAAAAUCUGAUGAAGAUUUGAUAUGUAAAGGUAGAGUUUUAUAUGAGUUUAAAAAGUUUAUUGAAGAAUAUAAAGCUAGAAGGUUGAGUGCUGAGAGUACUAAGCCUUUGAGAGAAGUCUUCGAAACUUUAUUUCCGAGUCAUCAACAACAUGACGCAAGACAGUUUAUCAUGGAACUUUUCGAAGCGAUUCAAUCUGAGAAAAAUUCUUCAAAUCAGCAAUUUAUUUCAAGUGGCCAAAAAAAUCAUAAGGAAGCUUGGGAAGAGUACAGAAAGGUUAGCUCAUCAAUAAUUGAUGAUUUCUUUAUCGGGAUGUAUGAGACAAUAAUCGAAUGCCAAGGCUGUCAUACCAAAGUCUCAGUUUAUGAGCAAUUCAAUCAUGUUCCUUUACCAGUAACAUUGAACAAUUCUUUUAAAAGCUUUGAGUCAUUUUUAUCAGAUUUUGGUCAGGAAUAUUAUUCUCAAUUCAAAUGUAAAGAAUGUAACGAUCUCAAGGAAAGUUCUCUUAUUAGAAAGAUUGUUAAAUACCCAAAGUGCAUCAUCUUUACAUUCGAAAGAUUAAAUCCUGGUAACAAUACAAAGAUUUCCGAAUUUCAAGACUUUCCUCAAAGCUUUGUUUUGCCUGAUCCUGAGAAGGAUCAAGAAGACCCAGGAAAAUUAAAAUUCACUCUUAACAGUAUCGUGAACCACUUUGGAACAUUAAGAAAUGGACACUAUACUGCUAAUAGCUUGCGUGACAAUCAAUGGUAUAAAUUUGAUGAUGAGUUUGCAGGUUGUCUCUCAAAUAAAUUGGUCAAAUCAAACGAAGCUUAUAUACUCUUCUACAAAACAGAAAGUUAUUAA